GCAGUGGAGCCUUGUACGAGGAGUGCGUUUGAUUGUUGAGAGCCUCAAUGGCGGAUAGAGCGGGACAGUAGCUUUGAGGACAAUAACAUCUCGGUACUUCUCUAUUUGUGGCGUGACUUGAUCGGCCGCGCAUGCAGCAAAGUUGCGGUAGUUGAGGCUUAAAUCUGUCACAUAGGCGGAUAUAACCUGACGAGCUAGCUAAGUGCAUCGGAGUUCUCAGCAGAAAUACAGCGAAGGAAGUUUAUAUUUCAAUUCAUGGUGGCUAGUUAAAUAUGGGGGACUCUCUUGAACUGAUUGGGAAGCGACUUCUACUGCUCCUCAGCGAUGGAAGGUCCGCAGCCGGACCCGAAGCGGAGCAGUCCACUUGGACUCGCGACUGGCUCCGGGGGACCGUCCGGGCUGUCAGCGUCAUAGGUUUGGCCAGCCCAGGGGUAGAGGUGAGCGGAGGAGAGGCGACAACAACAGCAGCUGCGGGGCUGACGGUGUUUGUGGAGUUUGAGGACUGUGCGUGGCGCAGGCGCUCCUGGGUACAGGUGUAUGGGGAGGAGGUGAGAGCUGUACUGGUAGAGAGUGCCAUUGUCUGGGCUAACUGCAGUCAGCCCAACCAGAACCACCCUGCAGCUGGAGUAACCUCUGGGACAGCCUGGCCAGCUCUGGCGUUCCGGUGUCUAGUGGACCGUGUGGGUCUUGGUUCCCUGGUCCCAGUGGAGUUCUUUGGGAGCAGAACCCUGGACUUCCUCCCUGACGGGAAUUCACUCCAGAGAUUUGAGACAGCGAAAGACGUGAGGCACUCUCUCCUACUGGAGCAGCCUUCUCUACAGGCUGCAGUUUCCAGCUGGCACAGUGACUUUGAGCUGCAGGAGAUCCUCAGGAAGGGCUCCUACACCGUCCAGGGCCGGAAGGUUCAGGUGUACCAGUGUGAGUUUGAGGAGCACUGGGCCCUGGGCUUGGUCUCUCGGCACGACCCCAAAUCACACAUCAUGGAGAUCACCAUGGACCAGGGAGAGGAGACUCAGGUGGUGGAUCCCCGGGUAAUACAUGUGAUGCUGGCUGAAGAUCACUUUGAUGAGAAAGGGAAGAAUGCUCGACGGAGGAAGGAGAGCGACGGAGGGAAGGGCGAGAGCGGCCGUAGACGGAGGACAGCCUCGGAGGGCGAGGAGGACGUGACCCUGAAGCGCUUUAAGGGUUCGGGAGAGGGAGCAGCAGACGGACAGAACGGGAGCGGCUCCACCAAGGCCUCUGAAGAGGGGAUGGUGACAUGGGGAGCAGAGUUAGCAGGAGGAGGACGCAGAGUGAACAGCAGUUCCUCUGAAGUCACACAGGUUUACGCCUCCCCGAACAGCACUUCCUCCCAGAUGGACCAAUCAAACACUCCGCCUCGCUACACCAAGGAGAACGGCCGUGCCCUCUCCACACAAGACAGACAGGGGUCUGCUGACUCCACCACCACAGCCACCCCCACUCCACCCCCUCUCAAACAAGCACCCUCCCCCUUCUCCAACACUUCCUUCCCCUCUCUGGGCCAGAUGCCCAGCCUGGUCCCUGGAGCUUUGGCCCCAAAGCCCUCCCCAGCAGGACCCACCCUAGAGAGAGAAGAGCCAUCCCAGUCUACCAACCCCAAGAUGGCUGCCCUAGUCUCCCCAGGCCCGGUGACCAUCUCAUCCCCAUCUCAAGCCAGUGCCCCCAGCGUGGCUCUCUCUGCCUCCCUUGGCUUCAGCCCCAAACCCCCUGUCUGGAAAGGAACAACCAACCAGUCGGAGGGAUCUAAGACUCCCAUCCUGGCUGCGGCUGGGUUCCGGCUUCCCCAGUCCAAGCCUGCUGGGGCUUCCGUGUUCGGAGAGGUGAGCUCCAAGACCAGCGCUUCCUCCAACACACCGUCAGCCUCCCAGGACUCCUCUAGACCCUUCGGAUUUGCCUUUGGAGGCACCAAGAACAACAAGGCCCAACCGCAGCAGCAAGACCAGAACUUAUUCUUCCAGUGUAUGACGGGUCAGAAGACUGGCCAGAACCCUGGUGGUCCUAACCAGAACCAGACUCCAGGUCAGAGCCAGUCGAAGGACACCAACUACUUCACAGCAGUGUCAGAGAGCUUGAGUAAGAAGCCUCCUAGCCUGUUCAAGCCCUCUGUUCUGGCCCCGGCAUCAGCUGGCCUGUUUAGCUCAGCUACAGCUUCUCUCAAAGAGCAGUCCAAAGUGUCUGAGACCCAAUCGGCAGGCAACGGAGUGCUCAACAAGAAUUUUGCAGGGGACAAACUCUCACCUUCCUUCAGCAGUGGCUCUGGGGGGAUGAGGUGUUCUGGUCUGGUCAUGGGGGUGAUGGACACCCCAGCUCUGGGUGGUGCUAACAGGAGUGGCACUAACGGUGUCGCGGUGGGCGGCUUCGGCACCAAGACAGACAGCCACCAGAACCUUUUCCUCCAGGGCUCCAAGGAGCCCUCCAACCCCUUCCUGGCCUACGGGGAGAAGCUCUCCCACAGUCCCUUCAGUGGCAAACCAGCCCCUCUGGAGCCUGAGACCCUGGGCCCGUCUUCAGCUUCGGAGAGCAAAUCCAACCUGUUCACCAUGGUCGAGCUGCCCAAGGGCAUUCUGUCUUCCCCCUUCGUCUCCCUCUCAGCUGCCGCUGCCUCCAGUUCUUCCUCCCCAGCCCCUGGCUUCACCCAGAGGCCCCAGUCAGUCACCUCCUCCAAGCCCAAGGAGAGUUCCUCCACAGGAGAUCAGGGCUCCUCAGCUGAGGGUGGUUCUCUGGAUGACCGACCCAGCUCCACCUCAGGCUUCCCCAUGUUUGGGAGUGCAGUCGCUGGAGGGAGUGGUGAGAAUGCACCCAUGCCUUUUGACCAGGGCCAGGCCCAAAAGUUUGCCCUGGAGGAGCGAGGUCAGGCAUCUAAACGUGACUCUGACUCCAGCGACAACAGCGACCUGUCGGACCUAAGUGAGACAGAGGAGGGUCUGGAGAGGGGCCAUGCACCUGGGGGCCUCGUGGGGCCGGUCAAGGAGGGAGCCAUGCUGCUGCAGAAGGGUAAAGGGCCCGGGGUGGCCAAGAGCCGGCCACGCAACAAGCCCUUCAAAGUGGGCCAGUCAGUGCUGAAGGACGUGACUAAGGUGCGUCGUCUGAAGCAGUCAGGAGAGUCAUUCCUGCAGGACGGUUCCUGUAUCAACGUGGCGCCCCACCUCCACAAGUGUCGCGAGUGUCGCAUGGAGCGCUACAGGAAGUACCGGGAGCAGGAGCCUGACGACGACGACCCCAACGUGGCCUGCCGCUUCUUCCACUUCCGCAGGCUGGCAUUCACACGUAAGGGCAUCCUGCGUGUGGAGGGCUUCCUGAGCCCCCAGCAGAGCGAUGCCAUGGCCAUGGGACUGUGGCUUCCCUCGCCGUCCGUACAGGAGGGCCUGGACCUGGACACCUCCAAGUACAUCCUGGCCAACGUGGGAGACCAGUUCUGUCAGCUCGUCAUGUCUGAGAAGGAGGCCAUGAUGAUGGUUGAGCCACACCAGAAAGUGGCGUGGAAGCGUGCGGUGCGCGGUGUCAGGGAGAUGUGCGACGUAUGUGAGACCACCGUCUUCAACAUCCACUGGGUCUGCAGGAAGUGUGGCUUCGGGGUGUGUCUGGACUGCUACCGGCAACGCAGGAACCGCCCUAUGGAGGAGGUGGACGAGGGGCCGGAUGACGAGGUGUUCUCCUGGUUGAAGUGUGUAAAGGGCCAGAGACACGAGCCUCAGAACCUCAUGCCCACACAGAUCAUACCUGGAACUGCUCUCUAUAACAUAGGGGAUAUGGUGCACUCAGCCAGGGGCAAAUGGGGCAUCAAGGCAAACUGCCCCUGCACCAGCCGGCACCACAGGCCCCUAGUGCGCCCUAGCGCCCCCAAUGGAAUCUCACAGCAGUCUGCUGUCUCUUCUAGCACGGGGAGCAGUGGUAGUGGACCAAUCACAGGUGGCGGGGGUCCAGCGGGUUCAACCACUCCUAAGCCAGAGGGGGCGGAGAUGACAGUGGUCAAAACAGAGCCUACUUCCACCACAACGUCAGAAGGGGGAGGAGGGGGGGUUGAUACUAAUGGGGCCAACCAUACCAGCGCCACCCCAAACCCGGCCCAGACCCCCACCCCCAAAGACCCUCGCCCCUCCACGGGUGAGGGAAACUCCACCGCCUUGCACUGGUUGGCAGACCUUGCCACUCAGAAAGCCAAGGUGGAGGACACAAAAGAUUCUGGGUCGAUGCGCUCUGUGAUGGGCCGGGACACACGCUCUCCCUUCGGCCUGGACUCGUUCAGCGCCCUGUCCAAGCCUUCGUCUUCUUCCUCCAGUCCUAAACUGUUCAACAGCCUGCUGCUGGGCUCCAGCAACAGCCAGCCCAAACCAGAGGGCUCCAGCCUCCGAGACCUGCUCAACUCUGGACCCGGGAGGCUCCCCCAGGGCCCCGGAGACUCUGGAGUAACCUUCCCAUCUGUCUUCUCCACCUCAGUAGCUGGGGACAAGUUGAAGGGCAGCCUGCCUAACUUCCUGGACCAUAUCAUCGCCUCGGUGGUGGAGACCAAGAAGGCGGAGGGCCGUCGUUUGGGGGAGGGCGGCAGUGAGCUAGGCGGUGUUGGACGUAGGGACGGGGUUAUGGGCCUCAGCGUGCUAGACCCCCACACCUCCCACUCCUGGCUCUGUGACGGACGCCUGCUCUGCCUGCAGGACCCCUCCAACACCAACAACUGGAAGAUCUUCAGAGAGUGUUGGAAACAGGGCCAGCCGGUGCUGGUGUCUGGUAUCCAUAAGCGUCUGAAGGGGGCUCUGUGGCGGCCUGAGGCCUUCAGCGAGGAGUUUGGGGACCAGGAUGUUGACCUGGUCAACUGUCGGAACUGUGCCAUCAUCUCUGACGUCAAGGUUCGAGACUUCUGGGACGGCUUCCAGAUCAUCUCCAAGCGUCUGAAGGGUAGUGAUGGUCAGCCCAUGGUUUUGAAGCUGAAGGACUGGCCUCCUGGAGAAGACUUCAGAGACAUGAUGCCCACACGGUUUGAUGACCUAAUGGACAACCUCCCCCUCCCAGAGUACACGAAGAGAGACGGCCGUCUGAACCUGGCCUCCCGCCUGCCCAACUUCUUUGUCAGGCCAGACCUGGGGCCUAAGAUGUAUAAUGCUUAUGGUCUGAUGGAGACAGAAGACCGGAGUGUUGGCACCACCAACCUGCAUCUGGACGUGUCUGAUGCCGUCAACGUUAUGGUGUACGUGGGCAUCCCUGAGGGAGAGGGAGACCACGUCAAGGAGAUGGAUAUCGCUGGAUGUAAAGAGGUGAUGACCACCAUCGAGGAGGGUGAUGUGGAUGAGAUGACCAAGAGGAGGGUGUAUGAGGCCAAGGAGAAGCCCGGGGCACUCUGGCACAUCUACUCUGCCAAGGAUGCCGAGAAGAUCCGCGAGCUUCUCCGCAAGGUGGGUGAGGAGCAGGGCCAGGAGAAUCCGCCGGACCAUGACCCUAUCCACGACCAGAGCUGGUACCUGGAUGGGGUGCUGCGCAGGAGGCUGUAUGAGGAGUAUGGUGUGCAGGGCUGGGCCAUCGUACAGUUCCUGGGAGACGCAGUCUUCAUUCCUGCCGGGGCUCCCCACCAGGUCCAUAACCUGUACAGCUGUAUCAAGGUGGCGGAGGACUUUGUGUCUCCUGAGCACGUGAAGCACUGUUUCAGACUGACCCAGGAGUUCAGACACCUGUCCACCACACACUCCAACCAUGAGGACAAGCUGCAGGUGAAGAACAUCAUCUACCAUGCCGUAAAGGACGCUGUGGGGACACUGAGGGCUCACGAACCCAAGCUAGCACGCUCUUAGAGCCCUCCACACACAAUCUGCAGUGACAGAAUAGAGUAGGUGUCGGUAUGCAGAAAGGGGGGGUGGUGAUGUGCUCACACAACUGUUAUUUUUGUUGGGGGGGGGGGGUCUAUAGUCAUUGCUGUUAUGACACGCUCUACACGACUUAGUUGUUUUCCAAUUUACUUCUGAUCAACUCUGUAUUUAAGGUCAGAGCGGGUCCUGUUUGUGCGUGUGGAAGAGAAGGGGAGCAUGUGAUGUGAGCUGACGUGCCGUUAGAGAGGGUUCAGCUUCUGUUUAGCGUCUGACUAAAUGUGAGCACUGGGCUGUUAUUUUUUUGCGAUAACCGUUCACCUGUUUUUGUAGAUAAUUUAAAAAAUCUGUUUUCCUUCCACCUUCAGUGGUGGAAUUGGGGCAUUUGAAAGAAACAAGCAUUGAAGGAAACUAGACCAAAAGGUUGUAUUUUUUUUGUUGUCUUUCUUUUCAUUUAAAAGCAAGGACUUAGUUUUUUUGGGGGGGUGGGGGGGGUAAUUCAAAUAGUCUUUGAAUGCUUGAAAGAGUUGCUUAGAGAAACGUCUCCAUUGGUUUGGUCACUUGUUGUCCCAAGGUUUGAAUAGAUUAACUGCAGACUUCAAAACGUUGUACAAGAAUCACGAUUCCAACUGAACAGAAACUACUGGCCGUUAAGUGUAUCAAUAUAUAUAUAUAUUAAUGAUAUUAGCAGUCUGUUUUGAUUUUUCAAAAUAAAGUUGACAAAAAAUACAA